AUGGUUGACGGAUCCAUGUAUGAUGAGGAGGGCAAUAUCAAGUACGUCAAAUCCGUCGUGGAUAGAGCUAAGGACAAGGGCAUCACUGUUGAGGCUGAGCUUGGGAGAAUGGAGGGAGGGGAGGACGGACUGCCGACGAUUGACCUGGAGAGCGUCUUCACCGACCCAGACUUGGCCGCCAACUUUGUCAAGAAGACCGGCGUUCAUUUCCUAGCCCCUAGCUUUGGAAAUGUCCAUGGCCCAUAUCCUCCUGGAGGCGCAGAGAAGCACUGGAGAUUAGACAGGUUAGAGAAGAUCCAUACAGCUUUGGUCGAGGUUAAUCAGAACCGAAAUGUGAGGAAUGAGUAUCACGAGUACAUUGCAGGAAAUUGCACCAAGGUCGAAUUGACCACCCUGCAGGUGGAAGCCGUCGAGGCAUAUUCAAAAGGGGUUGAGAGGCUCAUGGUAGACGUGUUUGAUUCGGCAGGGAAAGCUUAG